GAUGGGAAUAUUCAUCAAUGUGUGGGCCUUAUGUCCGGAGGUCGGGUUUAUUUCGUACUGCAAUGUUGUCCGGAUUUCAGUUACCUUUGUAUGUGCUUCUUACAGGGGAUUAUCAUUAUUUGGACUCUCAAUAGAACUGUUUCUCUCAGGGGAUGCUUAACAGUCGUAUCGAUCCGAGGACGUUGUAUGCACUUACUGUACGCGGUCGUAGCUGAGCACAGAAAAGCCUGCAAUAGCGGAAAGCCAACGUGAAUAAGUCACCUCAUGGUUUCAAAUAUCAUCAGAAAUCAGAAAUUAUAAGAUAUCAUUGCUUUUCCAAUAUACUAAACAAUAUCGAUUGGCAAUGGGCAGACGAUACCAGCGUCUAAACAAGUAAUGUUGCGUACGCAUUCAUGCACAUCGACUACUUUUAUCUACCAAUCACUUGACGUGAUCCCUUGAACAAUGCGAUUUACUUAUCAUCGAUAAUCAACAAUAAGUCUUCCGACAACAACACUGGACUGUACGGCGAAAAGUCGACCAAAGAAAAAAUUGCCAAACUAUUAAGGCAACACAAAUUUGUGCGGAAACACGAGGUUACGAGAAUCACCCGUUCAUCCAUCAUCGGUGUUGAGGACGCGCGUACUAUUAAAGGUAUUUGCUGUCGCACGUCAGAAAAAUAGAAAUGUACAUACCGUUCAACAUCUUCGUUACAAUUGUAACUUGCUUAGUUGGUGUUUGUAAUUGCUCGGAGAGCCAGGAAAAACUAUAUAAGGAAUUAAUGACCAAUUACAACCGAUUGGUCAGACCCGUUGUUAACAACAAUGACACUCUAACGGUGUAUCUUGGCCUCCAUCUUUCACAGUUGGUCGAUAUAGAUGAAAAGAACCAGAUUAUGAUUACGAGUGUAUGGGUGAAGGAGCGGUGGGUUGACCACAAGUUGGCCUGGAAUCCAGAAAAAUUCGAAGGGCUGAAGCAGAUACAAAUGCCUAUAGCGAGUAUAUGGAAACCUGACAUUGUCUUAUACAAUACUGCGGAAGGUGACUAUGACGUGCAGGUUUUAAACUUUGCUACCAUCCACUACAAUGGAACAGUCGUCUGGAGUCCUCCCGCCAUUUUCAGAUCCUCUUGCAGCAUUGACAUUGAGUUCUUCCCGUUCGACGAACAGCUAUGCAUCUUGAAAUUCGGUAGCUGGACGUAUAGCGGCGAUGUGAUUGAUCUAGAGGCGAUUUCGAACCGCAUCGAGCAUCGGGAGUACCGGCCUAACGGGGAAUGGGACAUCGUCGAAACGAAAGUCGUGAAGAAUGCUUUAAAAUACCCGUGUUGCGUGGAGAUCUAUAUCGACCUAACAUUCAAAAUAACCCUUCAUCGAAAUCCAUUGUUUUACAUUAUUACUCUUGUGUUACCAUGUAUUCUCAUUUCUUUCAUGAGUAUCCUCAUCUUUUAUCUUCCCUCCGACGCCCAGGAGAAGAUAACUCUCUGUAUUUCUGUGCUACUUGCGUUGAUUGUGUUCUUAUUACUAAUACCAGAUAUCAUUCCGCCGACGUCACAGACGAUACCUCUGAUCGCCAAGUACAUGAUUUUUACAAUGGCAAUGGUCAGUAUCUCAAUUAUAGCCACGGUGGUCACCAUCAACAUCCAUUUUCGAACAAUCACAACGCAUGAAAUGCCAAUCUGGAUUCGAGUUGUUUUCUUGGAAUUUCUUCCUCGGCUACUCUGCAUGAAAAGACCUGAUAGUAUAAAGAGGAAGCACAUGAAAAAGAAGAAUUUCCAACAGAAAAGGGAAAAUAUAAAGAAGAAGCAACAGCGGACCUACUUGUUACCGAGUCCAGACGACAUGUCAUUUAGCAGAAAAUCAUAUAAUAGAUACACGAUUCAUCAUACUACGUUGACGCCCCCAACGGAGGACGAGAAAGAAACCCGGCAACAAGACUCGAAUACGCAUGUCUUUAAGGAUAACUGGAGGCCUCGAAGCAGAAAGUGGAAAGAGCUGUUGGAUGCAAUUGAUUUUAUUAAAGAAAACAUAAAGAUAGCUGAUGAUGUCGAUCAAUCUGAGGAAGAUUGGCGAUUUGUAGGUUUGGUUAUUGAUCGUCUGCUUCUCUGGGUCUUCACCAUAGCUGUCAAUAUCGGUACUGCGAUCAUAAUACUUAAACCGAGGGUAUUUUGGGAAGAUUCCGACGCCCAUGAUACAUCCGUGUAUGAAGAACCGACAAUAUUGGAAUCUAAAAUAUUCACAAAAGAAGACUUUCAAGGCGUUUAGAAAAUGGACACAUUUAAUUGAGAUGCCCUAACCUUUUACAUGAUAUUAUAACGCGAACACAUAAAGCCUGGUUCCCAUAAAAUCGCUAGCUAUAGCCGACAGCUUAUUGAUCGGUGGUAUCUGGGAACGUACACAGCGAUUCCUUUGAAAGCUCAUAUUGUAGCAAGACACUGUAGCGAUUUUAUGAAAACAGGCGUAACUAUCUGUCGUUUAGAGUUUUGACUUUGUAGUUAACAGAGGACGAGUAACCCGAGUACAUAAGUGUUCACUUAAAAAAAAAAACAGGGUUUUUCUCACUAUAAUUCCAACACUUUGACAUCACAAGUGCUGACAUCACAAGUGACCGACGUAAUAUUAAAACACACAUACAUGAAUGUGCUAAUCGAAGACAGGUGUUGACGUCACAUAGAGUGACCGACGUAGUAUGAAAACAUACAUACAUGAAUGUGCUAUUCGAAGAUUUUGAUGUAUGAAAAUGGUUGUGGAAUUAAUAAACAGGAAUAGUAAUGUACAUAGCUUUGUAAAAAUAUAGGCCUACUUAUCUCGUUUUAUAUAAAACACAUAUAGCUGUUCUACAGUAGUAGGCCACUGUAUUUUUGUUUUAUACGAAAGGGUUUUGAUACAAGUACGUUCAUCUUGUGCUCUAUUGCUAGCUGCACAAAAAACGUAAAUUACUUUUGAUGUAAACAAUGUUGUGCCAGAUAGGCCUAGGCUAAUGUAAAUAAUUUGUGUGAAACUGAGCCGUUAUUUCAGUCUUCCAAAACAAUUUCGAUUUAUAAAACAGUACCAGGUCUACAUUAUGGCCCUGGUGGCCUUUCAUGUUAUGAAAUGGUGUACAGAUGGCAGUAAAUCUGAACUAGAAUUACCCCUUUUCCUGUAUUUCUGUGUUAAUCUUGCCCCUCGCCAGUAACUGAUCUAAUAUUUCGAUCUGCUGCGUGUUACGGUAAACCAUUAUUUGACUGUAAAUUUGUUUUUACAACCAUUAUAUAGAAUAAGUUGAUUUAAGCUGUUAAAUAUGUCCCCUAAGGUAUGAAAUACAAGUGCAUUUAGUCUCACGGUCCAGAUAUCAUAAUUGACCAAUCACAUAGCAGUAUUUAUUUUAACUACAGUAUGAUGAAAACAAAUUGGUGAGGUACUGGUUGAUUUUGUAUACGCGGAUAUCCGGAUGUUGUUAUUAACUAAUGCAUUAAGCAAAAAAAAUCAAUUCAUGUUUAAUUGUUUUGUAGCAUGUCUUAAAAUUGUUAUGUUAUAUAAUUGCGUGCAUAUGUAUACAUUAUUUAAAUAAAGUGUGUGUUUAUACCCGUGCUGUCUAUUGAAAA